AUGCCCCGUGAGGAAGUGCUGCAUAAGGUCACCGACGUGGACGCCAUCAUCUGCCACGGCAAGGACAAGGCUGAUGCUGAGCUUGUAGCAAAGGGCAGCAAGCUGAAGGUCAUCAGCAACUUCGGCGCUGGGUACGACACCGUGGACGUCAAGGCGGCCACGGAGCGGAACAUUUGGGUGUGCAACACUCCGGGAGCGGUCACCAACGCAACGGCCGACGUCGCCCUCUACCUCCUCUUGGCGGCCUGUCGAAGGGCGACGGAGGCGGAGCGAUUCUUGCGCGACGGCAGCUGGGAGAGGCAGGGCUCGGACAUUUUGGCCUUCUGGGGCAACAACCCCGAGGGCAAGACCCUUGGCAUCAUUGGGAUGGGCAACAUCGGCAAGGCGCUGGCCAAGAGGGCCGCCGCGCUCGAUAUGCGGGUGAUCUAUUACAAGCGCACCCCGCUGCCGAAGGAGGAGGAGAAUGGGGCCACGUACAAGAGCAUGGACGACCUCCUGGCCGAAUCCGACUUCAUUUCCAUCCACACUCCGCUCACCGAUGCCACCCGGCACAUUCUGGGUCGCGAUCAGUUCGCCAAGAUGAAGAAGGGGGUCUACAUCAUCAACACGGCGAGAGGACCGGUCAUCGACGAGGAGGCGCUGGUCGAGGCGCUCAAGGCCAAGAUCGUGCGAGGCGCCGGUCUGGACGUAUUCGAGGUGGGUGCACCCGGACCUGCUCACGUUCCCGUCGGUCACGCUCCUGCCUCACAUCGGCACCGCCACGAUCGAAGCCCGAUCCGACAUGUUUGUACGUCUCCCCGCUUACCGCGCACGCGCAUCAUCAUCACGCACCACCGCACACGCACUACCGCACACGCACACACCACCGCACACGCACGACACAAAUAUUGA